AUGGCCUCGCCUGUGCUUCGAUCAUCCGACCUCGUCGAAGUCAUUGCGUCGUUCCAAGAAGGACUGCCGCAGGACUUGGCGGCUGUCCAGCGCCUCGCCGACGCUGUCGAGCUCACGCCGUGCUCGCCAUACGCAAACUGUGAGCAAACGGGGUACCUCGCCCACGUCCCAGCCCGGUUCGCGUGCCUGCCGUACCUGGAGGGAUACCCCCACCCGACAACCAAGCUGCGUCACCACGCGCUCUUUGUCUCGCCGCGCUUCUACGACCGUGCCCUCGCGCUCCAUCUCUCGAUCGUCGACGGUGAUAUGGCGCUCGUCGAGCGCUGGCUGCGAUGGGAUGCCUCGCUGUGUACGUCGGCGACGCUCGAGCUUGCUGCUGCUGCGUCCCAAGGUCCGAUUCUGCGUCUCCUUUUUGAGCAGUUUGCUACGCUGGCCACGCCCAAGAUGAUGGACCUCGUCGCCAUGUCAGGCGACCUGGUGCUUUUGCGUUGGCUCCACGAGGCAGGUGCAAAGUGCUCCACCGCCGCGAUGGACGGUGCGGCCAUGAACGGGCAUGAUGACGUAGCCGUCUUUCUGCACUCGAUGCGGACCGAGGGCUGUACGAUUGCGGCGGCAACCGCAGCAGCCAUCAAUGGCCAUGCAUCGAUCGUUCGAUUCCUUCUCGAGCAGCGCACCGAAGGCGUCAACCCGUCGCUUCGAUUCCAAGUGCCACAUGGGACGCACACGACGCGCAGUGUUCGUGGGGCGACGCACCUCGCGGCCGUCGACCUCGUCGCAGCCCGCGUCGAGCUGACAAACGCGGCCCUCCAAUCGCUGGUGGAGAGAGCGGGGCUUGCGAUCCUUCAACACGUCUACGUGCGGGGGUACCUAAAGAAGAUGACCAAGCCAUUCCUGGAGCUGGCAGUCGCCAAGCAAGACCACGCAAUGCUGCGCUACGUCCUUCACUGCAUUAACCAAGAGAAUCUGCGACCAUUCAGCGACGACGAGUGGCUGCCACGUGAUGCGCCAAAGGAACCCUCAUCGUUGGAGGCUUUACUUGCCGGCGGUGACAGUCCAUUCAGCCGAUGGGAACACUGCCAAGUGAUGGAGCUCGCUGCUUUCAACGGCGACAUGGCGUCGCUCGAGCUCUUGCACACGAGUCGCCUUCGCGCCGGGUCGGAGCAUGCUAUCGUCUACGCAGCCUACCGCGGCCACAUGCACGUGCUCGAGUGGCUCCAUCAAAACCGACGCGAUGGCUGCAAUGAAGACGCAAUGGCGCUUGCGGCCGCCCGUGGCCACUUUGACGUCGUGCGCUGGCUUCACGAGGUCUACGGGGUUUGGCGGACGCCUGCUGCCUUGGCCACGGCGGUCUACACAGGUCACCUCGCGAUGGUGACGUACCUCUUGGAUGUGCCAACGGGCGGCGUCGACCGACAAAAAAAAGUUGCUAAAAACAGUGGCGUGUGCGCAGCGCUGCCAGAGCGAGAUGGCUAUCUUGGCAGCUCGCAGGGCGACUACGUCCGAGGGUCGCCAGCGCAUUGGGCAGCGAGCCAAGGCCACCUUGAGAUCUUGGAGCUGCUCGUCGCUCGUGGCUACGAGGUGCUACCGAGCGCAAUGGACGCAGCUGUGGAAAAUGGCCACUUGCACAUCGUGCGCUACCUGCACGAGGGUCCGGAGCAGCGUUUUUGCAGCCGUCGACCCCUUGUGAAUGCGAUUUUGAAGACGCAUGAUAACACCGUCGCCUACGUCCUCUCGCGCCGCUGCUGGCAACUCGGUUCGGACAGCGUCGACAUGGAUUUGUACUGGCUGCUCGUGGCCACCGCACGCAGUGGACGCCUCGACAUCUUGAAGCUUCUGAGCGAUGCUUUACCGAUACCAACGACGCUACCAGCUCGCGUCUCGGAGCGCAUGAUGAUCAGAGCAGCGUCCUAUAACCACCUCGACAUGCUCCGGCAUUUGCACGAAGUCGUCGGCUUGGAAUGGACGCCUUUGGUUCACGAGGCAGCGAUGCGCCGCGGAUCCAAGAAGGUACUGCGCUACUUGCAGACGCUUGGGCCUCCGGCGACCUCCGUCUACGUCGUCGACGACCUUACGUUGUGGCAAGAGCACUAUGACUUUAUUCUCACCAUGGAAACAGUCGACGGACACUGGCGUGCGAGACCCAUGUACAUACGCUAGCCGCGGAGGGCGGAUAAAGAGGAUUUAACAUAGCCCGUCAGUAUUAUGG